ACUUGGCUUCCAAACAGCGGGGUCUCCAGACAGAGCAGCGGCCUCGAGCCACGGGUUCCCAGUCCCUCAGGUCAGGUGGAGCGCCCUUUUUCUUCCACCCUCUCCUUCCCUCCUCUCCGUCACCGUCCGCCUCCGCCGGCGCCCCCCUCAACGCCCAUUCCAGACCGCAGAUCUCCGAUCCGCCAGCUCCUCCGGUCACCUGUCCUGCUGCCUUGCUACCACCGGGGCCGCCCUCUACCUGGUGUCAUACCCUGCGCCAGAGACUGGCCACCACGCCUUGCUGACCAUGGCUCUAAAGCGCAUCCACAAGGAGCUCCUCGACCUGAACCCAGAUCCCCCACCCCAGUGCUCGGCAGGUCCGGUGGGGGACGACAUGUUCCACUGGCAAGCGACCAUCAUGGGGCCAAACGACAGCCCCUACCAAGGAGGAGUCUUCUUCCCCUCGGUCCAAUUUCCUGCCGACUACCGGUUCAGACCGCCCAAGAUCGCCUUCACUACCAGAAUUUACCAUCCUAACAUUAACAGAAAUGGUAGUAUCUGUUUCGAUAUUGUGCAGUCUGAGUGGUCGCCAGCACUCACCAUCUCAAAAGUGCUGUUAUCCAUCUGCUCUAUGCUGUGCGACCCCAACCCAGACGAUCCUUUGGUUCCCGAAAUUGCGAAGAUCUACAAGAAGGACAGGAAGAAGUAUGACAGAAUAGCUCGGGAAUGGACUCAGAAAUAUGCGAUGUAACUUUAAAAUAAAAACUAAGGUCAUCACCUUAAUAACACCUUAAUAAUAAAGAUGAGGAAAUAGCAGUUGAACUGGUUGAGUUUUGACUCCUUUCUACGAAGCGCCAUUGUCUCACUUUUCCUUCUGAGCAUGUACGUUCACCUUUCAUGUCAGGGUUUGUGGGUGCGAGAUACAGAGACCAAUUUUAACCUAGUAUAGGGUCGCUAUGAGUCCAAAUCGACUGGACGGCAACUGGUUAGAGUUGGAAAACAAGCGAGAACAAAGAGCUGGUCACUUAAGAUGAGGACAGUAGUUUCCGCAUCACGUGGAUUUUUCUUUUUUUCAGUGUGGAGUCUUUUAGAACUAACAACAGUUGUGAAAAGCUAGGUAAAGAUUACAAAGCUAGUUAAGUAUUCAUUUCAUUCUGAAGAACUUGUGUCUUCAAGGGUUUUUUUUUUCCUAUUUUUACCAAGAAGAUUAAAAUUAAUGCAUAUCUUCUUUUUUAAGUUUAAGGCUUAAGUGGCCAAAAAUGAAAUACAUUAGGAGUUGUAAGAAAAUAAACUGUGAUGUGUUUUGCUCCUAUUUUUUCUCUACUUUUCACCCCUUCCAUCUCCAUUCUUUUGGGACACUCUGCUUCU